AUGGACUACAAAAUUGCCAUUGCAUCUCUUAUACCAAAUUCUCCAUUGAACUUGGAGCUUUCCCUCAUCAAAGGGAGCACUAGCAGGGAACGUGUUUACUACACCGCAAAUCGUGUGGGUAACGACCAAGAUCGAAGGGCGCUCGCUAGUGGCACCGCUCGGAUACCCAAAGCUCCCACAAUUUCCUUAAUCGAGCAUGGGUCUCUCGAUUUGGGUUAG